ACACUCCCUAAAUUUGAACUGAUCCAAAAUUAUAGGACUAAUUUUAUAAUUUUGUCGAACAAGUACAAUAAGUUAUACAAACACCUCAUUAUUGGGAAUUAUUUAAAUAAAAUGAAAUGAAAAAAGAAAAGAAAAUGUUGUCCCCACCUGACGUAGCAUAGCCACCCAGUGGCCCCUACCCAAAUGACGCCAUAUAUCACCAAAACUUGCUCAAAAACAAACUAAAAUAUCAUUCUCACUCACAUAUCACCACCUCUCCAAUAAUUCCUUUCUCUUUCUCUACACACACUGCCAACUACUCAGCAGAAAAAUGGCAAUGGCGAAUGCUUUCUCCAGCUCCUCCUUCACCGCCCUCCAAUCAAAACCUUCCAACUCUCCCUUCCUCCGCCAUUCGCCCGCCUCAAAGCCCAUGUGCUACUUUUCGGUCACCCCGCGAUUUAACUCGUCGCCCAAAAAAACUGUAAAGAUGUGUGCCUCAGUUGAUGGGGUAGACUCAGUUGGUUCGAUGUCAUUGAUUCUGUCGUGAUGGAUGCCCGCAUUGCAAGAAUGGUUCGUGCGAAAAGGGCUAAGCGAGCAGUUCCUCCUUUGGGACCAGACUCCCAGCGUACUCCCUCUGCUCCCUCAGAAAAAGCGUCGAGGUCGCACAGAGCUCUCUCUCCGAGUCCAUCGGGCGCGACUCCCGUCGAGGUCGCCAGUGGGAAUAACGAUCCCACUCUUGAGCAUUUGCCGAGGGACUCCGAAGAGCCAAGUGAUUCUGAACCACUCAUCUGGAAGAAGUCCAAGGGGAAACAGAUCGCUUCGGAGUCGUCCAAGAGGAAACGUAGUUCCCCGCGACCUAAUCCCUCCUCCCAAAAGAAAUCCAAGGCAGAUUCUUCAGCGGAGAGCGAGAAUCUGAAGGUAGUUGACGAAUUGACUGCCUGGUGGAGAGAGACCCAGAUGGACCUCCAAUCGCCUUCAUAUAGUCCGGCUGCCAUGGAGGGUGAGAGGCUGAUACCGAACUGGGCCAUUUCGGGCCAAAGUUCUGUGUUGAAGACCCACGUAGGCCAAGACUCCUGGGAGCUGUAUAAAUCCACCAUCUUGCCUCGCGAUCAAGCUCUCCUUGCCCCCAUGUCUCAUAUACGAGUUGAGCAGAACUUCGCUCACUCACUCUCCCAGGUUUCUGCUUUCGGACAUCACUUAUCCUUGAAGUGCAAUUACUGGCGACACGAGAAGAUGGUCGCUGAUAAGCUACUCGAGGAAAAGAGCUCAAAGUUGGCGACUUGCGAGAAAGAGAAAAUCGAGCUCGCAGCUCAGAAGUCCGAACUAGAGGCUCAACUAAGGGAGCUCAGGCAGAAGGUCGCGUCUUCGGUCGAAUCGGCUAAGGCGGAAGGCUUUUCAGCAGGUCGGGUGGCUGGUCGAGAGGAAUUCCUAUUCUCAGAAGAGUAUCAACACCAACUCGAAAUUGCCCGGAAUCAAGGUCGCGAUCAGUACUUGAGUUCUGAUGACCAUAAGAAGACCUUAGCGGACGCUCGGUUGCGGGGAGCUCGAGACUUCAUGAAGUCUACCGCCUUUACGACCGUUGUAAAAGCUAAGUCUGCUGACUAUCUUGUCAAGGGUUUUGAUCGCUGCACGUCCCAAAUCAGGAAGCUAAGAGGGUUCGCGGAUGGGUUCGACACAAACUGGAUCGACCCGACCUUGGAUGGUAAUCUUGCGGCGUUCCCCGAAGAACCCCCUUUGAAACAUAAUGAUGAAUUUGCUGUCUUGGUGGAGGAACUUGAGAAUAGUGGCGAAGAGGCAGUAGAUAAGUAGGCUCUUGUAUUUCAAUUUGUAAUCGUUUACGCAGAUCACUGUACUUACCUCAGUUGAGGUUGAAUCUGUAAAUUAUCCUUCUCAAUGAACUUUCUUCUUUA